AUGGCAAGCGAUGUAUCCGCAUCCUACCUGGCCGAAAGCAGGUCUUCGACAGUCCAGGGAGUGAUGUGGGUAAUGGCCAUUGUUCCUCUAGUUUUUGUUUGCAUGAGAUUGUAUGUGAGGGUGUUUCUGAAACGAGUUUUCGGCUGGGAUGAUUUUAUUAUCAUCAUCGCUGUUUGCUGUUUGAUCGCUUACGCUGCCGUAUGUCAUGUUGCCUCUACCUUGGGUUUAGGGCGACAUCUUGCUAUAGUUUCUGAAAAGCCUGAGCACCUCAUUGAGGUGGCUCUCUUGUGCGACAUUGGCGAGGCAUUGGCGAUUAUGGCUUGCACACUGGGAAAAACAUCCUUCGCCGUCACACUACUGCGCAUUGUGGUCCACAGAUGGAUGAUUAUCCUAUUAUGGUUCGUGAUCGUGACAAUGAAUUUGGUCAAUAUUCUCGCGGCAUUGUUCAUCUUCGUUCAAUGCAAAGACCCACGUCAUCUUUGGAAUACAGCUAUUCCGUCAGAGUGCUGGCCAUCUAAUGUCUUCACCAACUUUUCUUUAUUUGUCGGCGCCUACUCCGGCGCCCAAGACUUUGUGUUAGCUUUGCUUCCAUGGACUAUUGUCUGGAACCUUCAGAUGAGAAAAAAAGAAAAGUUAGGUGUGGCUUUUGCAAUGAGUCUCGGAAUCUUCGCUGGUGCUGCCUCCAUAGUCAAGACCACUUAUCUAGUAGCGUUGUCUGCCAAGUCUGAUUUUACUUGGGAGCUCGCUCCACUGUUGUGGUGGGCCGCUAUCGAAGAUGGAUUGGCCAUCACCGCCGCUUCUAUCCCUGCGCUCAAACCAAUAUUAAUCAGAGUCUUUCCUGGGUCCUCCGCGAGAGAAAAUUACGAUAUGAUAUCAUACCCGCCAAAGUCAUCACAGCAAAAAGUUUUUGAUAACGCGCAAGGAGAAACACUGACGGAUAUUGGGCAUACCACAAUCCAUGACAGGGGAAGCCAGACGGCGAUUCUGAAGCCCCCUUCGCCAGGCGAAAGAAAUGAGAGUAUCAACAUGACAACGGAAGUUUCAGUGACCUAUAUCAAAUCUUGA